AUGGCGAUCCUACUGGCCUUGCUCUUAGUUGUGGGCUUACCGCAGACGGGCUCGAUCGACUGUCACUCCUGUGAGUCUGAGAACAGCUUCGACUGCUCCAAUUCGGUCCAGUGUCCUGGCGAAAAAGAGUUCUGUUUGUUGGUUGCCACACGAAUUUUCGAACGUUUCUUCUAUGUGUCAAAGCAGUGCGCUCGAGUGUGUUCAACCCCUGCAGUUACACACCCUAGCAGGUCUCAACCAAUUGAGCCUAAGGAGUUUCUGAUCGAAAAACCCAUGCCCUUCUUAUAUGUAAGGUGCUGUAAAUGGAACUUAUGUAAUGACAAGGGGCCACCCUCUAUCCAGAUGUUGAAGGAACAGCCUGGAAAAGCCAGCGAGAGAAGACAUAGAUACACUGAGCUGUUACUGCCUGGCUUCAUGGUCCUUAUUGCUAAUGGCCUCUCAGCCCUCAGCCUGCUGUAA